UCACGUUCACGUGACCGUGACGUCACUCUUGCGACGCCACUCGGGGACAACGGCCAGACACGCGCAGCAGCUCGCAAGCAAGGAUGGGGAAUUCCGAGGUGUUGCUUGAGCUCCUCUGGCGAAUGUUGUUCAACUGGAUCAGCACUGUAGGAGGAGAAGAAGGAGAUGUCGUUGAGAAUCCCUGCGACAGCUGCCCUUGCGAGCUGCCCCCAAAAGCUAACCCCUCCACGGGCAUCGACGCAGUGAUGGCUGCAAUCUUGGCGUUCACGGCAGCGUCCGUGAUGUUCUGGGCCGUGCUCUACUUUUAUGUCAACAAAAGCUACAGAUACAAACGGGAAAAUGCGGAGCUCCAUCUGCAGUUGGAGAUGAUGCGUCGACAGCUCAACGAGCUGGAGAAAGCCACGGCCACGGUCUCCACCAACACCACCACUGCCUCCAACGCCACCCUGGCAGCCACAUGCAGUUCCGCCGCCACCACCAGGGAUGCUGCUGGGAGAUGCAUCGACACCCCCACCCCGACUGCUUCUGGCAUAUUAUUCACCCCCACCACAAUAGCUGCUGGCAGCUCCCUCACCGUCACCACCACCCCGGCUGCUGCCUGGAGAUUAAUCGCCCCCUUUACCACCACGGUCGCCACAUACAGAUCCAACCCCCCGGCUGCUGCCACGAGAUCUAACGCUGCCACCCCAGCUGCUGCUGGCAGCUCCCUCACUGCUACCACCAACCCAGCUCAUGCUGGUAGAUGCACCACUCCCUCCCCAGUUUCUGCCGGGACAUCCACCACCAUGAACAUUGGUGCCACCACCACCGCCUGUGCCAAAGUCAAAAGGAUCGCCAAAUUGCGUAAUUUUAUUCGAGAACUCCAACGGUCGGCUACUACUAGAAGAUUCACCGCCGCUACCCCUGCAUCUGUCGGUCGAUCCACCGCUACCACCCCUGCAUCUGCAGGCCGAACCACCUCCACCACUCCUGGCUCUGCAUUUGUCAAUAUCCCUUGAGAAAUAAACUGUUGGACCCUGA